AUGGAUCGGGGCGAGAUGAAGACAGAGGCCAUGCAAGGACCGCUGGAUCCCGCGCUCGAUCACAAGCCCUCGCAGCCGUCCGAAGAGCCCUCAUUAACCGUCGCAAGCCCAGCGAAAGACAUGCCGUCUCCUGCGCGUAGAGAUGCUCCGCUUCCCCAGCCAUUAUCGUCAUCAUCAACUCCCCUUCACCUCCCCGGCGCUGCUUCUCCUUCUUACUUCCCUUCGCGCUCGGCUUCACAAAACGCUGCGACGCUGCAAUCUAUGGCUGGCGGAGAUCCGCAGGGCGAGAGACAGCUCAACGUGUCCGAUGCCCUGAGUUAUCUGGACAAUGUGAAAAACAAGUUCCAGGAGAGACCGGACGUGUACAACCUCUUCUUGGACAUCAUGAAGGACUUCAAGAGCCAGCAGAUCGACACUCCCGGUGUCAUCGCGCGCGUGUCAUCGCUAUUUCAUGGCCACCCAUCUCUCAUAUCAGGCUUCAACACCUUCCUUCCUGUCGGCUACCGCAUCGACGUUGGUUCUGACUCUCACUCGUCCGAAUACAUCACGGUCACCACGCCUUCCGGCACUGUCUUGCAAUCUAAUAACGAUCCUAACGGAUUCUCUGAGUCUCUGCCUGGCAGUGGCCAUAUGGAGCCAACAAUGUCCAUGCACGCCCAACCCGUCCCAAGCUUCCAACGUCAUUUAGAACCACCAUCCUCACCCGGUGAGCCAGGCCGUAUCGGAGGUGAAGCUGAGAGAGCCAACCUAGGUCCAGCGAUGGAUUAUGUGCAGCGCAUCAAGACGCGUUUCAGCGACGAUCCACACACCUACAAACAGUUCCUCGAGAUCCUCUCCACACACAAGGCGAGCGCAAACAAUGCAGAAGUGUACGCACAAGUCGAAGAGCUUUUCAAAGACGCGCCAGACCUCUCGCUGGCGUUUCGCGACUUCCUUCCAGGUGUAGGGAUGAGACCCGAAGACGGUGACGAUUCUAUGAUCCAAGGCGUACUUGGGAAAAUCAGCACACCAGUCAUGGGCGCUGAGAGCUCACGAUCGGCGAAGCGGAAACCAGCUGAGGCUCCACCGUCCUCUGUGCCGGCGAAGCGUAAGCGCAAAGCGGGGGAUAAAGACAAGGACAAAGACAGUGUAAAAUCGGUCGCGUCCAAGUCGAAGAAAGCAAAACAGCUACAAGCGCCGCCCAUGGAUGCGUCAACAUCAUUCUCGCAGUACGCCACAUCGACCGCCCCGCCCUCUCCGCGCCGAUCCAUACAAGUCCACCACCCACAUCCACACGUCCAAUUGCCGCCCUCGCCUCCAGCGUACCGUGCACCAGUUAUGUCCGUGUCCAACUCCAUUGCCACAGCCGCCGUAGGCUCCGACGGGACGCAGUUCUUUGCACGCGUCCGGCGCGUCGUCGACUCGCGCGAGUCAUACAACGAGUUUUUACGACUCAUCAAUCUGUUCACGCAGGGCUAUAUUGAUCGUGCGCGCUUGGUCCGCGAGAGCGUGUAUUUCCUGGGCGACGGAGAGUUGAUGUAUCAGCUGAAGGAGAUCUUGGGGUGGGACGAGGCACAGGACAAGGCUGCGCUUGCGCGGGAACGAGAAGAGGGGCUUAUGCCAGGAAGACCUUUGGGCGUGCUGGACAGGCCGAGCAAGGAGGAGCUGAACAUUCGCCAUGGGAGUUACAGGCGUCUACCUGCAGAUGAUAUCAACGUGCAAUGUUCCGGGCGCGACGAGAUGUGCAAGUCAGUCUUGAACGACGAAUGGGUAUCACACCCUACGUUCGCGAGCGAGGACUCCGGUUUCGUCGCGCACAAGAAGAACAUCUACGAGGAGGCGCUCCAUCGCUGCGAGGAGGAGCGGCACGAGUAUGAUUUCCACAUCGAUGGUAUCGUGAAGACGAUCAGCAUCCUCGAGCCGAUCAACAACAAAGUCAUGCAGCUCGGUCCAGAGGAGCGCAGUGCGUACAAGCUCAAGCCAAAUUUCGGGGGCUCUGGCAAAGCCAUCCACCAGCGCAUCAUCAAGAAGCUCUAUGGGCGCGACGCUGGGCUCGAAGUCAUUCAAGCGCUGCAGGAGACACCCGCGCUCGCCGUGCCGAUCGUGCUCGGGCGGCUCAAGCAAAAAGAGGACGAGUGGAAGCGCGCGCAGCGCGAGUGGAACAAGGUCUGGCGCGAGGUCGACGCGCAAAACUAUAACAAGGCGCUCGACCACCAGAGCAUCGCGUUCAAGGCGGCCGACAAGAAGGCGCUCACCACCAAGGCGUUCGUGAGCCAGAUCGAGGCCGUGGUGGAGGAGCAGAUGGCGAAGCGCGCGAUGCUCGUCGACCCGCUGUUCGCGCGCACGCGGCCGAAGCACCAGCUCGAGUUCGCAAUGCCCGACGGCGACGUGCUGAAAGACGUCGUGAAGCUCACGUUCGCGUACUUCGCGCGCAUGCCCGCGCAGCAGACGCGCGUCGAUGUAGAGAAGCGGCGAUGGGUCGAGACGAGGCUGUAUAAUAUCGUCCGCGCGUUCUUCAUGCUCGGCGACGAGUGGCAUCAAAGUUCCUCUGCGAAACAGGGGGCACUUGCGCGGGAAGAGGAGGUGGCGAGCUCGGUCGCUGAGGCAGACGGGUUGAACGGCGCGAGCGGCUCGCACGGAGGCGGCAGGAACAGGAUCGCUGGCGGUAUCUUCACGGGUGAUUUGCGGAAAAGUCUCUUGAAGAGCGAGCAGGCCAAAUCGACGCGAUCGCAGACGCGGCCGCUGCAGUCGCCUGCAGGCUCUCGGCGGGCAUCGCCCGCGCCGCUGGUGCCCUCCGAAGAUGACAUGGAAGUCGACUCGGAGAGCCGGGCUGACCUCGUCCCCUCUGCAGGUGAUACACCGUGUUGCAAGCGGCGGUCAUUCUACACGAAUACAUGGUUUUACACUACCCUGCGUCUGAUCGAGGUGCUUUAUUCCCGCCUACAUCUCUUCAAGACGAUUGCAGGCGAGCAAUGCAGGCCUGCUACCCAGGAGGGGGGUCGGAAAAGCCGUGCGUGGACAUUGGAGUACCUGAUGGGGCCAGGCCAUGUGAAUCCGAUGCCGGGAGUGAGCGCGGCGCAGUACUACGAGCUGUUCCUUGAGACGUGCGAGAAGCUGUUCGACAGCCAGAUCGACCAGAAUGCGUUCGAGGACCAGAUGCGGGCGAUGUUCGGGCUGCAGGCUGCGUUCAAAUCAUUCACUAUUGACAAGGUGAUCGCUGUCCUGAUCAAACAGUUACAAAGCUGGGGGGAUGCAGACCAGAAACAGGAUAAAUUAUACAAACUCCUGUCGGACGAGCGGCAACUGAAACAGCCGACAGUCGACGAUCAUCGAAAGCUUUUGAGACAAGCUGAAGAGAUUCUUGGGCCGGAGGAGAACUUGUUCUGCAUUGACUGGCAUCCGGAAUCGAAAGUCAUCACUUUCCAACUGCUGAGCAAGGACGGCUCUAGCCUCGAUGAUGCGGAAGUCCUGACUGGGCGAUGGCAGUCCUACAUCGCUUCUUUUGUCUCUGACGAAGACACGAAGUCCCUUCCUCAGUCCAAAGUGCGUCGCCCGUUCCUCCGUCGCAAUCUGCCCUCGGCCGUGCGGAAAGACACGCCGGACGUCGUCGCGCACGGCGGACUGGAGAUCAAAGUCUGUGUCCGCACAUAUCGCCUUUUCUUCGUGUCCAAUACCGAGGAUUUCCUGUGGCGAAAGGUGCCCCGCGAAGAGCACGAUGCGGCGACCAGGCGACUGGCAGCCCGGAAUGCUGCACGGGCGCAGCGGCUCGAGAGGCUGGACAAGGAGCUUGGGUCUGUUGCUUCUCGGAAGACUACGCCUGGUCCAGGGACAGAUGGACAGUGA